AUGACCUCUACUACCACUCCAUCAACCACCUCUAGUGACUCGUGCUUAUUGAAACUGUCUAGUUCGUCAGGCAGCACCUUUGACAGUGAAUCUAUCAAUUGCUCACUCAAAAGUUCUGACACAACUUUGAGUGAUUCACUUGUUGAAAAUGUAUUUUCUGAAAGUUCUGGACAUUUAUGUUUACUUACUGAAUGGAAAUCGAAUGGUGUCGUCAAUUCUUCGAGUAGUGAUAAUGCUGCUCAGUUCUGUGAUUUAUUCAAGGGUUGUGAACUCUCAUUAGAUUCAAAGAGAUUACUCUGUGUCAGUAAUGCCGGAGGAAAUUCUGUAUUUUCUGAAGUUUUAUCUUUUGAAUUUAUCAAACAACUUUUUAGCAAAUCCAAUGUUACAGUUUCACUCUUUAAAACAGAAAUGGAAUUGACCUAUGCUGAGGGAAGCAAAAUUACUGAUUUUGCUCUUAAAAUUGAAAAUAACCUCACAAAGGAAAGUGUUUUCAUUGGAUGUUCUGUUACAAGAUGUUUCAAUUUCUUGGACCUUAGUUCAACAGUUUCUAGAAGCUCAAUCAAGCACCUUUUAAAGAAGAAACUUGAGGGAGUCAUUAGUUCAACAAAGGGAGUUUUGAAUUGUAAUAUGAAGAAGCAAAUUCUCCAUGUUUGGACUAGUAAUUCUGCUACUGCUGAAUUGAUUAAGGAUGUAUUUGAAAAUGAUAUUCCUGAAGAUAUCAAAUCAAAUACUAUCGUCUUGGUUACAGUUGCCGAGUCUGGAUUUGAAUGUUUAUUCAAGGAAAGAGGUGAUGACGUUUCCAGAGCCAUGUCAAUGCUUGGAUUGUCAUCAAUGGACGCUGCUUUUAAUAAUGAAGAAGAAUCACUCUAA